CCUCGAUGUAGUCCAUUCUGAGGGAUCCUUCUAUUGUUCAUUAUUAGUCGUAAUAGCAUUUUUCGCAAGUGCCAAUGACAGAAUGCCCUCUCACAUCAGUAUUUGACCCAACAGAACAUGUUUAGAUCACAUCGGAGAAUGGAGAUAUCAAAGAUUCUAGCUCAAAGAAGCAUUUGUUUAUUUAUUGUUUACAUGGGACCCUAGCUGUUCUAGUUGUAUGUUUGUGAACUUCGCAGAAAAGUAUAUGUCAACAGCAUUGAACGUGAAGUAAUAGGUCAAUAGUGCUUACAAUGCACCAUUCAAUGAAACUUCCUGUCUCACCUAUCGUGGACAAAAUGUUUUCACGAUAUUCGAAUUUUUGUGUUUCUAAUGUUAAAAGCGCUGCGUUAAGUCGGGCAUACAGCGUUUGUACAAACAGAUCUUAUUCAGGCCUUGAGUUGGACUAUUUACACAACGAGAAAAAAUGUGGGCUCUUCUUGGUUAGUAUGGGAAAAAACAAAUGUUGUCAGCGAAGGUCCCUCUCCUCACAAUUUUCACCGGAAAUCGCGCCUCAUCCGCCCAUGGUUUUAAAAUUUCUGUCCGAAAGCAGCCCAGUGCUUUUUGCUCAAGAAAACCUAGUCUUUCUUCACGAUCUGACAUGUCUACCGUGGUGGGCUACGAUCAUUUCUUCAACUAUCAUACUCCGCACAGCAGUAACAUUACCACUUGCUGUGUAUCAGAAUCAUGUACUAGCCAGAUAUGAAAACAUACUUCAAGAAAUGCCUGCUAUUGUAAAGGAAUUGAAAGCAGAGACGGCGUACGCUGUGAAAAAAUUCCAGUGGACAGAAAAGCAAGCAAGAGUAGUAUAUAACCGCUCAUUGCGGAAGCAGUUAAAAAAGUUAAUUAUAAGGGAUAACUGUCAUCCAGCCAAAGCAUCAUUACUAGUGUGGGUUCAGAUUCCAAUGUGGAUUUGUUUGUCGGCAUCUCUGAGGAAUUUGGUGUACAUGUUACCACAGCAUUCAGUAGGUGCCGAGAUAAAUUUUGUUCAACUUACUAAGGAGGGAUUGCUCUGGUUCUCAGAUCUUACUUUGCCUGAUUCAACUUUCAUACUGCCAUUAAUUUUUGGCAUAACAAAUCUUGCCAUUAUUGAGAUUGUGUCACUCUCAAAGGUUAAAACUCCUGGAAAACUGCAGAAAUUUAUUACAAAUUUUUUCAGGGUUCUUACAAUAGGAAUGACUGCAAUAGCAACACAGGUGCCUUCUUGCUUAACAGUAUAUUGGGUGACGUCCAGUUUCUACGGCUUGGUACAAAACAUAGUUCUUAUGUCACCACGUGUCAAGAAAUUCUUUAGAAUACCAGAAACCCCUUCCCAACUGAAACAUCCAUACAGGCAUAUUUACAAGCGCUUAAGGGAGAAAGUAGAUAAACUGUUUACUUUUGGAACACAAGUGUCAAAGGAGAAGUAGCACGCUUGUUUUGUGAUACAGGUUUUCAGAGAGAGGUAGAGAACCCACCCAUGAAGAAAUAUUACUAUAUGUUGAAAUAGAUACUGGUACAGUGAGUGGUGUAAUGUAAGUUGUGAAUGGGCAUAUAUAAAACACAUUUCUUAAUUUGUACACUCAAAUAUUAGAGUGAAUUUCAGUUAUGUUUUUGUUCCUUGUUGUCUUUGACAACAAGGUCAAUCUUUAUUACAGACGUAUCAAGUGCUGUCCUAUGACAAUCAUGCUAUGGUGAAACAUUGUUCACAUUUUGAAAGUGGAUACCCUGCUGGAUAUUGGAAAGCAUGAGUGUGUGCGAUUUAUGACUUGGCAGUUAUCAUAUGCUGAAGCUAUGGGUAACCCUGUUAGGGGUCAAACAAAUUAAUUAACAAUUUAGAAAGCUAUUUACGCAUUACCGGCCAGGCUAAAUAAGUUCUUAUUGGUGUUAAUGAGAUUUGUCACUGGCGUUGUGGUAUCUUUUUCUUAUUUGUUGAAUUACAAAGUUUGAGAGACCAUACUAAUCUUCAGCUGUCAAGUUGCUGGGUUUCUCUAUUGAUUCAUUGAGUUAUUUACUAUGUACCUUAGUGAAGCUAACAUUACCAGAUUCUAGAAGCUCUGUGUCCAGUACUGCUUCUGUUUUGCUCACAACUUUCAAUAAGUUGAUGUAUGGGGUAGGACUUAUAAAAUGUGUUUUAAUACAUCCAGAGGGACUGGAAUAGCACUGGCUUAUGACACUUUCUCUCUGGUUUAAUGACCUUCCGUUCUCUCUUACAGCUCUUUGGUCUGUUAAGAAUGAGUUCAUCAUUUGCUUUACAUUUUGCUGUGUUGAUUUCUGACUUAUAAUUCAUUUUUAUUGUUGUAUUGCCUUAUAAGUUUUAUUGUGAUAUAAUGUGUCACAGCAUACUUUUUUCUAAGACUAGAAUUUGCUCAGCUGUUAUAUGGCAGAGGGUAUGCCCCAAUUGUAUCAGUUAUUUGGGUUUCUUCCUGUUCCAUUCACAUGUGGAGUGCAGGUAGAAUGAUUGUUUGAAUGCCUGUGCGCAUUCAUCAGUUAUUCUAAUCUUAUUCUCAUGAUCCCUAUGUGGGCAGUGACACUCUCCCAUGAAUUAAACAAACCUGUGACCACUCAUGCUGCCCUUCUCUGUGUACAUUCAGUAUCCUCUUUUUGUCCUAUUUGGUAUGGGUCCCAUAUACUUGAGCAGUAUUCUAGAACUGGUCUCACAUGUGAUCAAGUGAUUUGUAAGCAGUCUCCUUUGUAGAAAGCAAUCUCCUUUAUAGACUGACUGCACUUUUCCAGUAUUCUACUUAUAAACUGAAGUCUGCCACUUGCUUUACCCACAACUGAACCUAUGUGGUCAUUCCAUUUCGUCAAGAUCUGACUGAAUAUUUAUGCAGCUUCUUCAGGUAGUACUUCAUUAUAGAUAAAUGCAUCAUCUGCAAAAAGCCUGAUGUUACUAUUGAUAUUGUCUAUGAGGUUGUUCAUAUACAACAUGAACAGCAAGGAUCCCAACACACUGCAGUGGGACACAUCUGAUGAUGACUCUCCAUACAAGAUAACAUGCUGUGUCCUCCCUAUCAAAAAGUCCUCAGUCCAGUCACAAAUUUCAGUGGAUACCCCAUAUGAUCAUACUUUUGAACUGUGGUACUGAGUCAAAUGCUUUUCAGAAAUCAAUAAAUACUGCAUCUACCUGAGUGCCUUGAUCCAAAGCUUUCAGUAUGUCUUGUGAGAAAAGUGUGAGUUGGGUUUCACAUGAUUGAUGUUUUCAGAAUCCACGCUGGUUGACACUGAAGAGGUCAUUCUGUUCAAGACACCUCAUUAUGUUUGAGCUCAUAAUAUGUUCUAAGAUUCUAUAACAAAUCAAUAUCAAGGAUAGUGUAUGGUAGUUUUGUGGAUCACUUCUACUACCCUUCUUAUAGACUGGUGUGACCUGCAUUUUUUCCAAGAACUGAGCACAAUUUUUUGUUCAAGGGAUCUAUGAUAGAUUAUGGCUAGAAGAGGGGCUACCUCAGAUGCAAAUUCAGUAUAGAAUCUGAUAGGGAUUCCACCAGGCCCUGGAGCUUUGUUCAAUUUUAAUGAUUUCAGCUGUUUCUCAAUACCACUGACACUAAUACGUAUUUCAUUUGUCUAUUCAGUGGUGCGUGCAUUAAAUUGGAGCAAUUCUCUGGGCUUUCCUUUGAAAAGGAACUUUUGAAAUUGGAGUUAAGCAUUUCAGAUUUUGCAUUGCUGCCCUCAGUGUCAGUUUCUGUCUCAAGGGACUGGACAUUAACUUUGGUGCCACUAAGAAGCAUUACAUACGAGCAGAAUUUCUUUCAGUUUUGUGAAGGAUCAUUUGAGAAUAUUCUGCCAUGGUAGUCAUUGAAGGCAUUGCUCUCUUGACAGCCAAACGUGUUUCAGCCAGCAUCUCUGUAUCUAGAAUUCUAUACUUUGUUUUGCACCUAUUAUGCAGUGAUCUCUGUUUCUUUAGAAGUUUCUUUACAGUGACUGUAUACAUGGGAGUUCCCUCGCAUUAUGGAGUGUUCUACUUGGUACAUAUCUACCCAGUGCAUAGUCAACUAUUCUUUUAAACAUAAGCCAUAGUUCCUGUACAUGCUUGUGUGCUGAAAGUUUCAAGUUUCUCAUUCAAGUAUGACACUAAUAAUUUUUUAUGUAAUUUACUGAAUAUAUACCUUUCUGCUUGUUUUAGUUGUCCUUCGUACUUUGGUAAUCAUUGUUGCCACAAACAUGUCAUGGACACUGAUAUCAGUUUCGAUGUAGACAUUCUCAAAGAAGACAGGUCUACUUGUUGCUAUUAGAUCCACUGUAUUUUCAUCAUGAGCUGGGUUCCUAACUAUCUGUUCUAGGCAGUUCCCUGAGAAUGCAUUUAGUAAUAUGUUUCACGGGAUGUCUUAUCACACCCAUCACUAAAAAAACUGUAAUUUUCCCAAGUAAUUGUUGGAUCAUUUAAGUCUCCGCUGAUGAUUACAGUUUGAUUGGGGAACUUGCAUACAAGUGAACUGAGGUUUUCCCUAAAGUUUUCAGUGACAGACGUAAUCCAGCUACUGAUCAGGGAUUGGAACCCUAAAUUAUGAUUUAAAUAUGAUACAUGAUCUGCUUAGCUACCUAGUUACACUACUUAUAAUAUUUGCCAUGGGGUCGUGUAGUGAUGUAAUUAUGAGAUUUCAAAAAGUGUUUGAGAGAAAGUCACAUAUCAUUUUAAUCUCAAGAUAUUUUCAUACAGGCAGAAACGGAGGUUGCUGGAAUCUCCAUAACACUAUUGGUCACUAUGUCAAUGCUCCUGGCAGAAUGAUUAGUAUGACAC